CCUCGUUCAGGAGCAUUUCUUAGUUCAGACACGGACAGAGAUCAGACAGAGACGGACUCUCCUCCUCCUCCUCCUCCUCCUCCGUACUCUUCCUCCAUCUCUCUCUGUCUCUCUCCAUCCAUCAUCCAUCCGUAUGCGUCUUCUGGAUACUUACCUCUCCUAGAGCGCGUCAGCCCGCCUGGAUCAGUCCGUCCCCACAUGUCAUCUCCACUGUGGUCCCUCUGGAAGCUGUAUUUACAGUAAUGAUGCCUGGCUGAGAGGUUCGCAGCAAGUCUUCAUCUUCCAGCCAAACGCAGUGGGGAUCGCCGACUGAAGAGGAGCUUGGCGCUGCUGUCUUCUUGGAGUGUGGCUCUGCGUAAUGGAUUUACUGUUGGCAGAGAAAAGUUGGAUUUUGUGAAGAGCAUCGUGGACCUCCCCCUAAAAUGGACAGAAUAGGAGGGCGUUUUUAGAAAGGUGCUUUUGGGUUGGAAUCACACCGUGAGAGGAAAUGCACAGAGCGUGGAUACUCUUCUUUCUAAUAGAAGAGGGUUUUGCUCUGGCACAGAGAAGUAAAGAUCCCCCGAGCGAACAUGGCGGCCAGAGCCCCAACCAGAAUGACUGUGGCACGUGGGUCCGCAACAUCAACGGAGGGGUGUUCACGUCACCAAACUACCCCAACACUUACCCACCCAACAAGGAGUGUGUUUACAUCUUGGAAGCUCUCCCCAGGCAGAGGAUUCAGCUGUCCUUCGAUAAGAAUUACUACAUCGAGCCCUCAUUCGAGUGCCGCUUCGACCACAUCGAAAUCCGCGAUGGGCCGUUUGGAUUCUCACCACUCAUAGAUCGCUUCUGUGGGGGAAAGAACCCAGGCCUGGUCACGUCGACGGGACGUUUCAUGUGGAUCAAGUUUACCAGUGACGAGGAGCUGGAGGGCCUUGGCUUCCGCAUCAAGUACACCUUCAUUGCAGACCCUGAUUUUCAUCUGCACGUGGGCGGACUGCUAAACCCCAUCCCAGACUGUCAGUUUGAAAUCGGUGGAUGGGAUGGGAUUAUUCGCUCCAGUCAGGUGGAAGAGGAAGAGCGAGUGAAGCCUGGUGAUGCCCUGGACUGUAUCUGGACCAUCAGGGCUCCUCCUCAGUCCAAGAUCUACCUGCGCUUCAUGGAGUACCAGAUGGAGCACUCAAAUGAGUGCAAGAAGAACUUUGUGGCUGUGUACGAUGGCAGCAGCGCCAUUGAGAACCUCAAGGCCAAGUUCUGCAGCACCGUGGCCAAUGAUGUGAUGUUGGAUAACGGUGUGGGAGUCGUGCGAAUGUGGGCCGAUGAGAAGAGCCGACUCAGCCGGUUCCGCAUGCUCUUCACUUCCUUUGUUGAUCCCCCCUGUUCAGGCAGUACAUUCUUCUGCCACAGCAACAUGUGUAUUAACAACUCCCUGGUGUGCAAUGGGGUUCAGAACUGUGUCUACCCAUGGGAUGAAAACCACUGCAAAGAGAAGCGAUCUAAGGGGCUCUUCCAUCAGAUCACUAAGACCCAUGGCACUGUCAUUGGUGUCUCAUCAGGCAUUGUCCUGGUUCUUCUCAUCAUCUCCAUCCUGGUCCAAAUGAAGCAGCCGAGGAAAAAGGUUGUAGCUCGCCGGCCUGGUGUUUUCAACAAGGCUGGAUUCCAGGAGGUCUUUGAUCCGCCGCACUACGAGCUGUUCUCUCUCCGUGACAAGGAGAUAUCCUCUGACCUCGCUGACCUGUCCGAGGAGCUGGACAGCUUCCACAAGCUGCGGCGUUCCUCCACUAUGUCCCGCUGUGUCCACGAGCACCACUGCGGCUCACAAGCCUCGGUGGCUACUGGCGGCGGCAGUAUGAAGCACAGCCGCACCACCCUGAGCUCUAUGGAGCUGUCCUACCACAACGACUUCUCCAAGCCACCGCCCAUGAAGACUUUCAACUCCACAGCCAGCUACAAGAAGAGCUGCUACGGCUACAAGCAGCACUCACAGACUCACGACUGCGACCAGCAGGUCAUUGAGGACCGCGUCACAGAGGAGAUCCCAUGUGAGAUCUAUGGCCGUGGUGGAGGAGGAGCCACUGGAGGAGCCACAGGCGGAGGAGCAAUAGGAGGAGCAUCAGGGAUAGCAGGAGGAGGGAUUGGAGGGGCAGUGGGGAUAACAGGAGGUGUUGCGAUGGCUGGAGGAAUGGGUAUGGCAGGAGGAAUGAGCAUGGCGGGGCCUAGUGGCAUUGCUGGAGGGAUCGGUGUUGGUAUGGCCGGAGCCUGCGGAACCCUCAGUGUCCGUGGCAACAGCGCUCGUAACAGCACCACCAUAGUUGAUCCUCAACAGCGCUCCAUGUCCAUGGACUUCUAGAUGGAGAAGGGAGGAAGGAAAACAGAAGAGGAGAGCAGACAGACCUCACAUUUCACUCAUCGAGACAACAGACGGAAGAAGAGAAGGCAGGAGAGCCACAAUAAUCCCAAACUGAUCGCUCCCGUUUGUUCUUCUACCGUUUUGCUCUCCAGGCAGUAUUAAUAGUAUUGUGGGUCUCCACUCGUAGUCUCAUAUGGAAGUUUGGGAAGAAUGGGAGACAAAAAAUUAGCCACCAGAAAUAGAGAAAAACUGAGGAAAGUAAUCUUUCUAUUCUUCAGAAUACUGAGGGAUUUCAAAAGAAGGGAGCAUGGAGACAUCUUGUCUCUCCUCCAAUGUUCUACUCAUUUACUCUCUCCCUCUAUCAGAGACUCACAGGAGAAUGUCCUCGCAUGCAGAUCCAGACUUCACUCUGUUUGGUUGCCUAAAACGUCAGGAAACCACUCUAUUACAGGGAGAGAGACAAGCUGAGAGAGACUGAGUUUUUACAUUUAUUCACCUGCCAUGCACAGAUAUAUGAUAUAUGAUAUAUAGUGCGUCUUCUAAUAAUUUAUUUGAGUCUUUAUUUUUGUCAGUGUACUGUACUGUUAAAACCAGUAUAUAUCCAGCCUCAUGAUGAUGUUUGGCUUUUAACUCUUUAAUCUUUUUUCAAAUGUUCCUCAGAUGAUUUUAUGAAGAUGACUUAUCCAUGACGUGGUGUUGAUGAUGAUGAUGAUGAUGAUGAGGAUGAGGUUGAAGUUGAUGAUGAAGUUGGUUUGACAUAUUGACAAUGACAAUGAUACUGAUGUUAUAUUACAAGAAUAAUUACGCAGUUGUCAUGGUUACCUCAGCCAUACACAGAAGGUACACUCCAUUCAGUCUCUCCUCAGGAAGAGCACAUGAAGAGACUGUCUUAUUUUGGUAAGAAAAAGAGAAGAAAAGACUGUUUCUGCUCCGUGAGCUUUAUAGCAUAUGGGUAUUCAGGCAAUAAGUAAUCGUUUAUGGAGUGUGAAGUGUUUGGUUGUGAGGCCUGGACUGAAUCAAAAAUAGCAACCAUCCCCAAACCCCAACCUUUACCAGGAGAAAAUAUAGUUUCUCAAUUUCCCUAUGAACUGAGUGUUUAAAACAAGCACAACCUGUUUCCAGACAUGUAGCCUAUAUGGGACUCAUUUAUUAUUUUAACCACUGGUUGUAUAAUUUCAUUCUGUUGAAUUAAAUGAGAGCUUACUCACCUC